AUGGAUAGUAAAUCAGCACCUGGAUCACCUACCAUACAUGAUGCAGAGACAAUUCCAUCAAGCUCUCAGACACAAUUUGAGGCAUAUGCUCCUGUAGAGCAGCCCAAUCUCUGGAAGGUGUUCAAAUCUCAAGUCGCCACUAAAGAGGGAUGGUGGGGCGAUUUUGACUGGAAGGUCAUGUGUCUUCCUUCCUUCUUGAUCAAGGAAAAGAGGGCAACUCCAUUCUGGGGUUUGAAUAGUAGAUUGCCUUUGGGUUUGGCAUUGGUGAUGGGCUUCCAACACUCACUAGCUAUGGUCAGUGGUGUCGUUACACCGAUUUUGAUUAUGACUGGUACAGGUGCAACAUCUUUGAACCUGGAGAUGGCAGACCAACAGUAUCUCUUGUCUGCUGCUUUAAUCUGCUCUGCUAUUUUAUCACUGAUUCAAAUUACACGCUUCAAGAUCUGGGGAACAGGCUAUUACCUUGGUACAGGUUUAUUGAGUGUAGUGGGUCCCAACUUUGCCAGUAUUCCUGCUGCAAGUGCAGUCAUCAAAAACAUGUACUCUAGCGGCUAUUGCCCUACAAACAUUCUUGAAGAUGGAACAAUUCAGAAUCUUCCUUGUCCUAAUGCUUGGGGCGCAAUUCUGGGAACAUCCAUGGUGUGUUCAUUCUUUGAAAUUGGUAUGAGUUUCUUGCCUCCCAAAACCAUUCGUCGUCUCUUCCCACCAAUUGUUUCUGGUACAACUAUUCUUUUGAUCGGUUGCUCCGUCAUCAGCACUGCUUUGAAGGAUUGGGCUGGCGGAUCUGGUGGCUGUGCCUCCAUGCCAGCCUCUGGUUUGUAUUCUUUAUGUCCAUCCACUGAGGCUCCUCACGCUCUCCCUUGGGGAAGCCCUCAAUUCUUGGGUCUUGGUUUCCUUGUCUUUGCUACUAUUGUUCUUAUUGAAAACCUCGGCUCUCCUUUUAUGAAGAGUUCUCAAAUUGUCAUUGGUCUGAUUGUUGGUUUGAUUGUUGCAGCUGCUUGUGGCUAUGUUGACCAUAGCACCAUUGAUACUGCUCCACCCAUUACCUUCUUGUGGGUCAAGACAUUCAAAAUCACAGUGUACGGCCCUGCAGUGAUACCGUUUUUAAUCGUGUAUUUAGAUAACAUGUUGGAGAGUAUUGGCGACAUUACCGCAUCUUGUGAUGUAUCUGGCGUCGAGGUCGAAGGUGAGCCCUUCCAGCGUCGCAUUCAAGGUGGCUUGCUUGCUGAUGGUGUCAACUCCUUCUUGGCUGCCUGUAUGACAAUCAGUCCUCUUGUUACUUUUGCUCAAAACAAUGGUGUCGUUGCCAUGACUCGCUGUGCUAAUCGUAUUGCUGGUUACUGCUGCUGUUUCUUCAUCUUUAUCUAUGGCGUCUUUGGUAAGAUUUCAUCUGUGUUCUUGGCCAUUCCUUCCCCUGUUUUGGGCGGUAUGAAUGCAUUUUUGUUUGCCUCUGUCACUGUAUCUGGCAUCCGUAUUCUUGCCUACCUUGAUUGGACUAGACGUGAUCGUUUCAUUGUUACCUGCUCCUUGGCUCUUGGUUUGGGUGUUACAUUGGUCCCUUCAUGGUUUACACACGUAUUUAGUUAUUCUGGUGAUAAUGAAGCCUUGCAAGGUUUUCUGAGUGCCAUUGAAACCAUUGUGGAUACCGGUUAUUGUAUUGGUUCUUUGAUGGCCAUCUUUUUGAACUUGGUUGUUCCUGCUGAAUGGGGACCUGAAACCAUGAAGGAAUUGGAGGAGAAGGAGAAGCUCGAGAGAGAUCAGAUCCGUGAUGGAUUCAUCCACAACUCUGUCAAUGAAGAGCAUCCUCUUGAAGAGUUGGCCACCACUACCAACACCAGUAGAACCAUUGAGCCAUAA